CGAGGAGAUGCUGUGCCGCAGACCAUCACCGCAUACUCUGUCACGGUAUACACCACUAAUCAUGCAUGCUCUUCUACAGAGAUGCUAUGGCCUCUACGACAUCUAACACAGCGUUUGGCAACGCAUACAAGAGCGUCCAAGCUAACAACAUCAACGGCUCUGUCCAUAUUGGACUUGAGAACACACUCGACCGUCUCCCACGCGCCGAAGAUGCGCCCUUCAACUCAUACGCUAAGCAGCACGAGCCUAUAUGCCUCCCUAACACGCGCGUCGACCUAUUACAAGAGAUAUAUAGCUGGGCGGAUGGGCAAGACGAGCGGUGCAUCUUCUGGCUGAGCGGUCUGGCGGGCACAGGCAAGUCGACAAUCGCGCGGACGGUGGCGCGCAGCUACUACGACAAGCAGCGUUUAGCGGCCAGCUUCUUCUUCUCGCGCGGCGGCGGCGACGUAGGCCACGAAGGCAAGUUUGUGACGAGCCUUGCGGUGCAGCUUGCGCGUAAUGUGCCAGUAUUAAAGCAGCACAUUAGCGACGCAGUUGUAGAGCGCGACGACAUUGCUAGCCAGUCUCUGCGCGACCAGUGGCAGCAUCUCGUUCUCCGCCCGCUGUCGAAGCUGCACGAGCCAGAAGCAGGGCAAAGAAGAUACAUCAUAGUCAUCGAUGCGCUCGACGAGUGUGAUAACGACAGCAACAUCCGCAUUAUUGUGCAGCUGCUGGCUAAGGCUCGAUCACUAACGAAGGUCCGGGUGCGGGUAUUGCUAACAAGCAGGCCAGAGGUGCCGAUCCGACAUGGGUUCCGCCAGGUUCCUGAGGCGGAGCACCAGGACGUUGUGCUGCACAACAUAUCGCGGUCUAUUAUUGACUGUGACAUAGCCCUCUUCCUAGAACACAAUCUCCAGCUUAUCGCACAGGAGCGUUGUCUGUGCGCCGGCUGGCCAGGUGCAGAGAUCGUUGUGCAGCUGGUCCAGAGUGCAGGCGGCCUCUUUAUCUGGGCUGCAACAGCAUGUCGCUUUAUCCAAGAAGGGAAACGGUUCGCAGCAAAGAGACUAGAGACAAUCUUAUGCAAUAGAGACGCUACCUCUAUCGCCCCAGAGAGGCACCUUAACGAGAUCUACACUACAGUGCUAAAGAACUCAAUCCAAGACUAUGCAGACGAAGAAAAAGAGGAGCAAUGUAGAGCACUCCGAUACAUUGUUGGCAGCAUAGCAGUGCUGUUCUCUCCUCUCUCUGCACAGUCUCUAGAUCAGCUACUUGACGUUGUAGAAGGGGUUCGGCUAACACUAGAAGAUCUCCACGCGAUUCUCGACAUCCCAAACAAUAGAAACCGGCCAGUCCAACUGCACCAUCCAUCGUUCCGCGACUUCCUACUCGAUAGCAAGAGAUGCGGCGACGACAGGUUCUAUGUAGACGAGAAGAGCACCCAUAAGAAGCUAGCGCAUUGCUGCCUUAAGCUUAUGUCUACGCCUAGUGGCCUUCGACAGGAUAUGUGCAAUCUCUCAGAUCCUAGAGUUUUACGGAGAGAGAUCGACGAAGAGACAAUUCAUCGCAACCUGCCACCAGAGCUGCAGUACGCGUGCCGCUACUGGGUCGAUCAUCUCGAGCGCAGCGGGCGCAGUAUUAAAGACGGAGACACUACCCACUGCUUCCUUAAGAAACACCUUCUUCACUGGCUGGAGGCUAUGAGCCUGCUCCACGAAACGAGUCUAUGCGUGCGACUACUAGCGAGGCUGCAGGCUCUAGCGACGCCGUCUAAUAGUGUCGUUGCUAAGUUCCUCCACGAUGCCGUCCGAUUUGUGCUGCGAUUCGUACCAAUACUGGCUAAGGCCCCCCUCCAGAUAUAUUCAUCAGCCCUUCUCUUCUCGCCCGAGUCAAGCGUUGUGCGGAAGGUGUUUAUUGAACAGGUACCACAGGCAGUGAGAGUGAUUUCUGGGAGAGAUGCAGAGUGGGACGCAUGCCGGAGUGUGCUGGAGGGCCAUUCACAUCCGGUCAACGCGGUAGUGUUCUCGCCAGACGGACAGCUAGUCGCCUCAGCAUCUAGGGACAGCACAGUGCGGUUAUGGGAGACAGCGACGGGCCAGUGUUGCAGCGUGCUGGAGGGCCAUUCACGUCGGGUCAACGCGGUGGUGUUCUCGCCAGACGGGCAGCUAGUCGCCUCAGCAUCCAACGACAGGACAGUGCGGGUGUGGGAGACAGCGACAGGCCAGUGCCGCAGCGUGCUGGAGGGCCAUUCAGAUUCGGUCAAGGCGGUAGUGCUCUCGCCAGACGGGCAGCUAGUCGCCUCAGUAUCUGACGACAGGACAGUGUGGUUGUGGGAGACAGCGACAGGCCAGUGUCGCAGCGUGCUGGAGGGCCAUUCAGAUUCGGUCAACGCGGUAGUGUUCUCGCCAGACGGACAGCUAGUCGCCUCAGCAUCUGACGACAGGACAGUGCGGGUGUGGGAGACAGCGACAGGCCAGUGCCGCAGCGUGCUGGAGGGCCAUUCAAGUUGGGUCAAGGCGGUAGUGCUCUCGCCAGACGGACAGCUAGUCGCCUCAGCAUCCAACGACAGGACAGUGCGGGUGUGGGAGACAGCGACAGGCCGCUGUCGCAGCGUGCUAGAAGAUCAGCCUUCACCUAUCUUUCACAUCGCAUUUUCGCCAGAUGGCCUGAUCCUCUACACAGACAAAGGGGAUAUCCCCCUACCGUUAGAUCUUAUGGUUGUUGUAUCCGCCCUUUUAGCCCAAGAACUGCUAUAUGCUGCAGUAGAUGGAGAAUGGGUAUUGCGUCAAACACGGCGGUUUCUAUGGCUUCCUCCUCAGUAUCGGAACUGCGUCACGGCAGUGUAUGGGCACAUGAUGUGUCUAGGGUGCUAUUUAGGGCGUGUAUCGUUUCUUAGCUUCUAGUAGAACGU